AUGCCCGUCUCAAUGGCCUCACUUGCCGUUAACCUCAACAUUUUACGGAAUUUUGUUCUGACAGAAAAAGAUGCAGAAAUGAUUAUGCGAGUGCUCAAAUGCCCAUCAGAAACAACUAUCAAUCAGCUGGUUUCUGGAGAGGACAAAUGUCACUUUCCAGGCUACAAAGUCCGUGAUUCAAUACGGGAUUUCAUAACAGUGAAGCAGCAAUAUGAUAACGCUUCUUGGGUUCACAACAGGGAAGCCGCCUACCUCCAACGAUCUCAAAUGCAAUUGAAUGCCAGUAAUCCUUUCUAUGUGGACGCCGUAGGACGGUCUUAUCAGAGGACUAUGGCACGAUUGGAUAAAAUUAUGGACCAAAUGCAGUCAGCGAUGAACGACAUCUUUUUCAAGGACGUGUUCAAGGAAUUUGUGACAGACUACGUGCAGUCGUUUUAUGAUGAGCUCAAACAAAGGUCAGCCAGUGUGGCAGCGAUCGACGCUCAGCGGACAUACAGAGCUCGGCCAUGGUUCCGACGAUAA